AGUCACGGCCUCUGCACAGUGAGGCACCUGCCCACCUUUGAAAAGCCAUGAACCGUUGUCAGCUGUUGGGCUCCGGCACUAACAUGACAUGUCAGUCGGUUCCGCGUCACUCGUUCUAACCAAGCCAAAAAGCUAAGCUUGCAUAAAUGUGACCCACGCUGUGAUAAGGUCCCAUUGCUCGAAGACUUUCCGAACCCAAAACCGGGAAUAAUUAAAAUAGGUUUUUAAAACUGUGCAGAUAUCCGCUAACAAUCAGCACUGUGUAACUUAAUUCAUGUGUGACGAAUCCAGUCCGGAGCUUCCACUAUCCCCUGGGAUUUACGAAUCGUUUAAUUACGAGACGAGUUUGGAAAAUCGUUUAGUGUCACGUGAUGCUGUGUGUUAUUAACGCAGGCUUCAACCUGAUCCCAAAGAAUAAAUAGUUACGAUUACCUGAAAGGGAAUAUUUCCAUGCUGCGCAAUUGCGAUUCUUGGUUCACAUCGAGCACGCUACUUUCGUUGAAAUCGAUUCGCUGUUUCCAGCUAGAUAUUUAACGACACAAGUAUAGAUAGGAGGUAUAUGGGCGUAAGUUGUACCCCGAACUGCUUACCGACCUUCGUAUCGACAAAACAUCGACUACAAACGAAAGAACAACGCCUUAAACAAUGUGAUACGAGGCCAAGUUCAGUACCGUUCGACUAACCAUGGUACAAAGACAAACUGUUCAUACACUGCAGCCCUGUCACUUUCGAUGAACGAUGCGAGCAUCAAAGCAGGCAUCAGGCAUGGCGAUUCGGACGCUUUUCACUCUAACCGUUUUAAACCUAGUCGGUAUCGCGUUCGCGAACGAUUACUCAAUAUGCGAGAGAAACCGAACCCUUUUGGAAGUGAGCGGGGACGCGAUCAUCGUCGUGUUUCCAUUGCUUUUUCAGUAUUCGCGGACACAAACUACGGGCCAGAUUGUAACGUUUCAUCUCCCAAAGGCUUCCAAGAAGUCACCACAGCGCUGUACGUUGUUGAGAAGUUGAACAAGUAUGAUUACAUCCCUGGUCUCACAUUGGGAGUGAAGAUUCGUGACAGUUGUCACGAUAAGAUGGCAGUUUUCAAGGAGGCCCUGAUGGUGGCGGUGGAACAAGAUUGCACAUCCUACUACGAACUGGGGAUCUUGGUUCCGAACGAGUACCGUGAGACACUAGAGCCACUGGAACAGUUUAGCCUUGUGCCAAUGAGCUCGUACAGCGAUCAAAAUUUCUCUAAACCUCUUAUCAGCAUCAUGGUGGAUUUCUUGAGCACCAAGUACGAAGUAGUAGAUUUGUUCCUCUCGAAUUCGCCGGACGUUUUGAACGUUUUUUUGGACACCAGCCGGAAAGCCGGAAUCUGUCUGAAAAGCUACACGGAAAUUUUGGACACGGAUAAUUCUACACACGUGGUGAUCGCUGUUGCGGGAAGCAAGGACGAGAUCAAAAUAUGGAUCGAGAACGGCGAAAAAAUAAUCGGUCCAGAAAUAACGUGGGUGGUUCUGCCUUUGGAUGGCUCUCACGUCGAUGAUCACGUGCCACCCGGUUCUUACAUCAUAAAAACAGAGCCGUUCGAUUUCGACUUGCUUGAAGAAUUUUCCAGCUCCGAUACGUUUCUUCGAACAGCAGGCGAGUCGGUGAUACACUCACCGUACCUUCUCAGCAUCGGUAAAGCGAUCGUGGAGACGGCUCGUUCGCUCCAAGAGCUGCAGAAGAAGACGUGUCCUAACGGCGCGAAAUGCGUGCUGCCGCGUUUUAACUCAAGGAAGAAGACCUCGAUGAUGUAUACCGAGGUCUACGAUGCUCUGCACAUAUUGCCGAAGGCCCACUCCGUCCAGUACAUUGUGACGAUGAAGAAAUUGAGGGAAGAAGAGGAGGAAAUCAUUGCCUACAAAAUCAACGCUGUUACCAGUGAGAUCACCUCGGACCUUCACAUACCCAGGAUGCCGAAACUGUGCGUUAGAAAGUACGCGAACAGUUGUGAGAAGUGUUCAAACUUUCAUCGAAGAAUUGGCGAGCCUGGUCACGGCCGUAAUCGUGACGCCAGGGGAAUUUUGAAAACGAGUCUCUGGAUACCGAUUAUAUUGACCGUUGUCGCCUGUGGGACCGUCGCCUGUCUCAUCAUCAUCGUCUUCAUAGUUUACCGCUACGUAGUCGACGAAGUUCUCGACGGUAAUCCAGCGUUGACGAUAGUCCUGAUCCUCUCGACAAUCUUUAUGCUCCAGUCCGUGAUUCCCUUCUGCAUGAACGACGCAAUGUUCGGCGUUGAACACCUGAACUCUAGGAAAAUCCUCGUCACCAGCAUGUCAAUUGGAAUCGCGUUCUCGAUUAUGCUAUCAAGAGCCUUGUUCCUGGCUUUCUCGGUCGGCGGUAUAUUCACCACACACAUCAACGGGUACCUCCAAGGUUUGAUGGUGUUCUUCGUUUCGAGCGUUCAAAUAACCAUAUCAACCAUGUUUUUCGUCCUCAACAAAAACGAUUCCGGGAAGAUCAUCCGCAGCUGCACAUUUGUCGCCUUACUCAGCUACGACAUAUUCCUCCUUCUCAAACUUUUCGUUGUUUGUUGUUUCAUCGCUCAAAUCCAGAGGAAUUACCGUGAGGGAAAAUGCUUCUUCGGAACUGUCAUCGGUCUCUUGAUUGUUUGGGCUGUAUGGAUUACUUGCUUCAUUCUCGUCGAACCGGAAACUCGCGACUGCGUUGUCUCCUUUGGCGUUAUCGCCAGCGCCUACCUCAUCAUACUCGGCGUUCUCAUACCGAGGACUUACUACAUGGUCACGCGUCUUGGUCAGGACAAGACUCUUUCGGCGAGGUACGAGCCUGAGGAUUACACUGUCGACCCCAGAACGAACACCAUCGCUCGACAGUUUCCUUAUUUGCAGUCUCAUCAGGCACUAUACGAUUACACAUUUCCCGGAAGCACGGCAGCUGCGGGAGUGGCCAGCCUACCAACAGUGGCCUACCACCCUAACUACUACGGAUGUUCUAGUCCUAACUCGAGAUUCGUUCCUCGAAGCGUGAGCCCGUAUGUUCGGCAGAGACCUGGAUACAACAACUACGCGUUCAACUCCGAAAUGCGGGAAGUUGAUCAUUUGCAGCCGGUGCCCAGAGUUUGCGUCGAAAAUACAGAAGGUAGGCGAAGUCCGAUUGGAAGAAGUUCAAAGGAAAUGAACGUUGAUCAUCCCAGGCGGUUCCGGGAGUCGCGGAUUGGUCUGGAUGAUCGGGACUGCACGGAGACUGACAUUUACGUCGAGGGUCGAUUAUCGCCGAAUGUCAGAGGGCCGGAUGAAGCAUACCCAACUAGGUGUUCGAGCCCAAGACUCGGUCUAACGGAGUCCGCUAUCCGUGAAGAAGAGGAGAACGAUGUUGCAAGAAUCACUAAAUUCUAAUAUAAGAUGCUGGUUAUUCAAUCUCGUUAAUCAUAGGAUACAUCUUCGUAUCAAUCAUUCAUUCACGCGUGUUCAAUCUUGCAUAUUUUCCAAACUUCAACUCAUACUUGACGAACUCCACAACUGUAGGAGCAAAAAUUGUUGCUUAAGCUACGAUAUAAGCUGCGUCACCGGUGGUAUCAAGAUUAUAUUCAUAGAUCUGAAGAUAUCAUCUCUACUUCAAC